AUGGGCCGUGUCAGGACAAAAACCGUCAAGAAAUCCGCCAAGGUCAUUAUCGAGCGUUACUACCCUCGCUUGACACUCGACUUCGAGACCAACAAGCGCACCUGCGAUGAAAUCGCCAUCAUUUCCUCAAAGCGCCUGCGCAACAAGAUUGCCGGCUAUACCACACAUUUGAUGAAGCGUAUUCAACGAGGCCCCGUUCGCGGUAUUUCCUUCAAACUUCAGGAGGAGGAGCGUGAGCGUAAGGAUCAGUAUGUUCCUGAAGUCUCUGCUCUGGAUGUCUCUCAGUCAGAAUCCGGCCAACUCGACGUCGAUGCCGAAACCAAAGAUCUUCUGAAGAGCUUGGGUUUCGACUCUCUCAAGGUCAAUGUUGUCAAUGUUACUCAACAACAGGUUGUUGAGCGUCCUCGUCGUUUUCGGUAA